AUGAUACUAGAAAUCUUUUUCACUUUAUUAUUGCUAAUACUAUCUUUUUGCAUGACUUACCUAUUUAAAAAGAAAAUAAAAUACAAAAAAAUUAUAUUUACGGGGCACAGACAAGUUGGAAAAACAAUUUCAAUUAAUUAUUUAUUAAAUCAAAAUUUUAAGACUUUACCUACUAUUGAACCUUAUGAAGUUGCUAUAGAUAAAUAUUUAGUAAGAGAACAAGUGUACAAAGAAGAUGAAGAUAUACCAAAAGAUUGCAUCUGUAUAUUUUUUCUAAAAGAUAAUAAAGAUUUGAAACACUUAAAUAAAAGAUUUUAUGGAUAUUCAAAUAUUAAAUAUGUAAUGUACAAGAAGUCUAAAGAAAAGCUACCUACUAUAAACUAUUUAGAUGAAAAUCCUAAAAAGAUAUUAUCUUUAUUGCAAUAA